GACCUUCGUAGUUAUGUCUCAGUCCUAUUCCGUGAUGUUAACUAUCUCUCUAAAGGCUUCUGGAAUAGAGAUCCCUCGCGAUGGGGAGGUCUCUGUGACUGGGACAUGUUUUUCAUACAACAAAUACCAGAGGCAACCAAGUGGAACGCGCACCAUUCGCUUGCUGCCGAACUAAGAGUUCUUAUGAGAUUGCCGCACUCUAGCCCUUGCCAUCAACAUGCAGUUCUUAUGAUGACAUCUCUUAAGGAUUGUCAUAAAAACGAUUCGAAUGUCAAUUUGUGGUCCAAGUAUAUGAAAGAGUUGGCUGGACUAACCGUUGCUAAUCGAGUGGAUACUUUCAGUGUAGAAAGUGCAGCAUUUACAACGGGAGCCACAGCUUUGAGGGAUCAUUUUGAGAGGAAGACGGCUAACUUGUUGAGAAACAAUUUAACAGGUGAUCCAGCAAUGUCAUCUCAAGAAACAGUAUCUGAGGGAAUGCCAGACGAAAUUAUUGAGACACCAGUAAUGAAGCAGGCGCAGUUGGUGGGGCUUGUGGAGAUGACGGGGGGACCCAAUGUCCGAGAUCUACCCCGCUACAUCAAAGAUCAUGUGCGGGGUUACUGGGGGAUGAGAGACCUCCUCAAUGGCAUUGCUGCUGAUAUGAAAUAUUGCCAGGGGAGCUUUGCAGUGAUACGCCGGCUUCGUGUAUACUUUAUCCAGACACAUGGCUUAGAUAUUGAGAUCUGGGCAAUGGACUGCCCAGUCUCAGAACUCUUUAGAAUGUAUUUCAUUGGAUGUGCCAAGCUCCCAUUAUAUUGGGACUACAAGAAUGGGUUGAUCACUUUGCUGCCACUUUUAUGGGACUUGAAGAAUGGGCUAGAAAAAACAGGAAAUAGCCUUGGGAUAUUGAAGCUGACUUCAGGUCAAGUUCUUGCCAAAUCUCGUAGUCAAAAACGUUACCAAGAAAACAAUGCAUUGAGUAUGUAUUUUCAUACACAACAACAGACAUCACCAAUGCUGGCUGAUACUAAAAGGGACACAAAAGAAGCUAGAACACUCAAACCAUAUGAAGACUAUCCUGAGGAAUAA